AUGUUCGAACUUCGUAUUGUGGUGCACCACCUGGCCGCGCUAAACAUGAUCAAGUUCAAGCUCAACGUACAGCAGGAUGUCACGGAGGCUGACAACCUUCUUCCCGAGGCGGUGUUCAACGUCGCAAAGAGGGACGAUGCGGUGAAGAGGGUCCGCCUGAAGACCCCGGGCCCCCCCCUCGCGCGGCGCGGUCAUCAACCUGAAACGCCACCCCUUCAACCUGGAGCUUGGGUGAUGUACAUGCCAGGCCACCCCAACGUGCCACGCUUGGCAGUGGCAAAAUCCAGUGCCACACGGGGAGCUCCUCGACAAACCGGCCAGUGCCGGGCACUGGUUCGGCCCUCCGCGACGAAGGGGUCCGAGUGGAAGGUGUUCAACGACACCUCCGAGACAACGGUGAACAACACGGACGUUGGCAAAGAGGAGGCCUACGUCCUGGCGUACCGUAGGAUGGAGGGCGGCGACGUCCCUGUGUUCAACGAACCCGUCUGGGCGUACCCCGCGUGCGGAACCGGCGUCAUCAUCACCGGCUCCGAGGAAGCGCUGAAAUGUCGCUGUCGUCCCCCGUGUUCGACUGUCCGACGGUCGCCAUCAUUUGAUGACCGCGGUUGA